AAGACUUUUACUUUUACGUAUCUACCUGAUUAAUAAUUCAACAGACUAGAAACAUCUGACCAAAACUAGAUUUGACUAAGGAGCCAGGAUCAUCCAAUGAAUUGAUUUCCUCGCUUUCCUUUGGCAUUUAUAAAUUAGGCUAUGAGGUUUGAUGGAGCGGAGACCACACUUUCCUAGCAUCCUAGCACGCAUCCUGUCAGUAAGAUGAGGGCUUUGCUCGUGUGUAUAGUGAUGGCAGUAUGUACCUGCCAGGUUACAUCUGGCGACAAACAGGAAAUCAAACUACCACCUUAUGUUGAUAUCUGCUACAGAGAUGAUCCUAAAGUUGCAGAGUGUAUCAAGAAAAACGUGCAAAAACUUAUGCCACGGUUUAAAAAAGGUUCGGCAGACUUUGACCUGGAGCCGCUAGACCCGAUGUUUUUCGAUAUUCUCCGUUACAACUACAAGAGUCCCAUCCUAGGAGGCGACCUGGUUACCACCAACUCUUAUCUGUACGGGGUCAUGGACUCCAAGGUCAUCAGUGUCAGGCCCAAAUUGAACAUCCCAUAUCAGUUUAUACUGGAUUUUGACUUGCAAGUGCCUCACAUGAUUGUCAAAGCUGAAUACAAACUGAAUGGGAAUGUGUUAAACAUUCCUGUCAAUAUAAAAGGACGUGUUGAUAUGCAUUUUGAAAACACAAAUGUAUCAUACCAUAUACUUGGAAACACAAAAACCAUAGAGGAUUACGACUAUUUGGAAAUUGAAGAAUUUGAAUGGACUUUUACUGGAAGUGGAAUAAAGAAAAUGACUGUACGGAACAAUGAUGUUGUUGAUGGAAGACCAGCUCUCAAUCGGAUGGUCAAAUCAGUGUUGAACUCUUCAUGGAGGUUAAUCAUAGACCAGAUGCUGCCAGCCGUGUUACCAGAAUCCAACAAGAAAAUGAAGGCAAUGUUUGCCAAAGCCUUUAAGAAAUAUCCUUAUGAUGUCAUCUUGCCUCGACGUACACGGAUACAAAAUUUGGAAGCUCCUCGAUGGGAAAUUCAACAAAACUCUACCCAGCAGUGAUGAAAAAAGAUAGGAUACUACUUCCUGAAAAAUCCCUUUUUGUGGAUUUUAUUGUAUUGUUAUGAUGUGUGUUUUUGUUAAA